AGUUUCGGAAAAAGCAACUCGAAUAGCAGUAGGAGCUACAGUGAAGGACCAAAACACAUUCACACAGCGAUAAGAAGCAUGCCGAUCCCCGCGGCAUCCUCCCGCGUGUCCAUGGGCGCGUCCCACCGUGUCCGUCCGUCGGUCCUGCCUGCCCUGCGCCGCUUCGCCGCUGCCGCGCCGCCUCGCACCGUGUCCGCCGUCACGCCCUUCGUCGCACCUGCGUUAUCGCUCCAGCGGUCGUGCAAGGGCGACUACGGCUUCAACGUCUUUCAUAACUCAAACCCGCAGCACGGCGGCAGCUACGCGCGACACGAACGGCGCAUGCGCGAUGACGAGGUCGAGGACUUCUUGAAGUCUGUGAAGCAUUGGACACCGGUGUACGACAGCCUCGCCGAAAGCGAUCGCUUGGAUGGCAGCCCUGUCCACACGGACGGGGUGGAGGCGGCAGCGGAGGAGAACCAAAGCGAGGACGCCGCUGCAUCACCGUCACCGUCGCUGCACAUGGGCGAGGAGGCCAUCACCCGCACCUUCACCUUCGAAACCUUUCGCGACGCCUACCUCUUCAUGGGUCGUGUCUGGGCCUUCUGCUACGGCAGCGACAAGUACCCGCACGUCACCUGGGCGGGCACGUCUAUCACCGUCUACCUUUACUCGCCGUCGUUUCGCGGGUUGAGCAAGCGGGAGGCGCGGGUGGCCGCCUUCCUGAACGAUCAGUACAACAUGGCUCGCAAGAGCAAGCAGCAGCAGCGGCGCAUCAUCGACGGCGUCGUGCAGACGGCGGCGGUGGGGGAAAUGGUGGGGGAGGAGGUGGCGCAGGCGCUGGCGCGGCGGCACGCCCGACGCACAGCACCGCUGAGGGAGGUGGUGGAGGGGCCGGCGAAGUGGAGGGCCUUGAUGGCCCGUGAGCCGCCUGUAGGGAAGGCGACGGAGGACGAGUUUCCUGUCCAGCCGGCUGGCCGUCACCGUCACGAUGGUGACGCGUAG